AUGCGCGCGACCCUCGACGACCUCCCCGACGAAAUCCUCCACCUGAUAUUACACCACAGCGAACCCGCGCAAUGCCUUGCGCUCGAAAGAACAAGUCGCAGAUUUCGCGGUAUCACAAACGAGCCUUUAUUGUGGCGGCACUACUGCCAGUCGCGAUUUCAGUACUGGGAUGGGAAACACAACUAUGCCGAUAAAUUGAGACAGCCACCUUCGACAGUAGGGUGGAAGGAGUUGUAUGCUGAGCGACAUUUCACGGAUUGGGUUACGACAAAGGUUUUAGAUGAUAUACUCUCGAGUCAGUCGGGGCGUAUCAAUAAGGCGCGGGUCAUUAUUGAUCAUGGGUAUGAUGUGAAGGAUACGCUUUUGCGACAUGCGCGUGCCAGUAUGGAUUUGGAUGAUUAUUUGGCUAGAAGAUAUUACAGUCAUGCCAUGUUGGGCUGUCUACAGCGCAAUAUAGCUAUACCACUAUGGGCCAAUUUGAGGGAGAAUGGGAGAGAUACAUCACUCGAACGUGCCCUGGGCGGCUUUGAUCUUUUCGUUCCCCAAUGCGGGAUUGAUUCACUUGAAGAGAUACGCGACAUGCUUGAUGCCAUCGCAGACAAUGUAUUACAACGGAAUCCAGACAUACGCAGUCUGACACCACGUCAGAGGGCGCUAUACAUCGCAUCUUACCUGCUCUCGAAUAGUUACACUGGCAUACGCGCUGGUCGGGAAUACCACAAUCUAGAGCACAACUUCCUUGGACUGGCUCUACGGGAUCAAGGGCACAACUCUUUGCCUUUGAUUUCGGCUACAAUAUACUGCGCUAUUGCGCAACGAUUUGGACUCAAUGCCCAACCAUGCGGAUUCCCUUUUCAUGUGCUGGUCAUUAUCUUACCCGCUGUCGGCUUCAACAUGGAUGGAAGGGAAAUUACAGACGACAGUCCCGGUUUACCAAUGUAUAUGGACCCGUGGCGAUCUGACGUUGAAGUUCCCGUCACUGAUCUGCAGCGUCAAUUGAACCUAUAUGGGCCUCAAAUGGGCGGCCAGUCACAAUUUCUCGGAAAGACAUCAUUAUCAGAUAUAGUCUGGAGAUGCGGCAAGAACAUAUUGAACUCGUUGCAAGACGUUCCGGAAGACCCAAAUGUUUUGGAUCCUGAAAGCGCUCGAUAUGCGGGUCUCUGGUCUUUGAUGUUGACUACACCGGACUCUAGAUUUAACGAGGUCAGAAGAAGACUGCCGUGGUUCAUGGAACUCUUUUUCAAAGAAUUUCCAUGGGACAUUUCCCUGGUUGAGCAGUACGUGUUGUCACGACUCCGGGACUCGAUCGAGGUCGACCAUGUCUCGGAAGGAUUACGCGUCAUGCGUACGGUCGACGAGAUGGCAAAGACGGUCCAUCCGCGUGGACCAGAGCAUCAAAAGGUCAAGUACCGAGUGGGCCAAGUUUUUAUUCAUCGGCGGUACGAUUACCAGGCGAUCAUUACGGGAUGGGACGCGGAAUGUGAUGCGGGCGAGGAAUGGAUGCGGCGGAUGGGCAUUGAUCAACUCCAAGCCGGACGUAAGCAGAGUUUCUACCACGCGCUUGUCGAGGAUCGAAGUAUCCGCUACGUCGCAGAAGAGAACAUUCAGACCAUCACGCCGACCAUGUCGGAUCUGUCUAGCCGGCUGCUGGCCAUCGCGGGCAAGCAUUUCAAGCGGUGGGACGAAAAGGAGCGGAGAUUUGUGAGCAAUAUGCGUGACGAAUACCCGGACGACUGA